CUCUCGUUGGCCUUUCAUUCGCUCAGCCCACCUCAUUCUCCAUGGCUGGAGGCACCAUCGGUGGUUGGGUGGGCUCAUCUUCUUCAUGUUUUCCCUCUUCUCCACUGCGCUCGGUUCGUGAAGCUGAAUUUAAAUCAGCUUAAAGGUAACCUGACAAGCCUAAUUGAGUUCCGGGGAGUGACAACCCAGGGGACACGAAAGAGGAGAGAGAAGAAAGGAACACCUGGUGGCGAUGGAGGAAUCUGGCCCAAAGGUAAUUGGAAGUAUGGAAGCCGGUGGAGUAAUGCAAAUGGGUCAAAAUGGAAUGAGCAGUGAAAAGUGGCUGCUAUGUCCAUAGAGAGCUCUCUCUCUCUCUCUCUCUCUCUCUCUCUCUCUCUCUCUCUCCUCCACCCACUCUACUCUUGGGACUAUAGUGUGACACACACACACACACACACACACACACACGUCGCAAGAAUAGAGUGGGUCCUAGUCUAUCUAGUGAUCCGGUGUCCAGUUGUGUAGCGUGGGUUCUUGGUGCCCAGGGCAUGUCACAGAGUGGCACAGUGGAAGGCCACCCCAGCCCCAGCCCUCCCUGCUGACCGAGCCAUGGCAGUCUGAGCUGGCAGCCAGUUAAGGGAGGAAGAGGCUCGAAGGAGCAUCCCAUUUGCAAAGUAGGAGGUGGCUUCCAGAGCUUCUUGCCUCUCCUCGAUGGGCAGCAGCGCCCACCCCCUGCCUCUUGGCCAUCCCAGGGGCAGGGGCAUCCCUUCACCGGCCAUGAGGGGAAGGAGGUGGAACCGCUGCCCCAGCCCUGAAGGCUUGGCCCAGGCACAGCUUGGUGAGUGAGGGAGCCAGGGGGCACGCCUAGUUGUGCCCCCUCGUGCCCUUUCAAAAAAUCUGUGCCUAGGGCCAUGGCUUCCCUGGGCCGCCCCACGCUAUGUCCCUGCUGGUGCCAAAGCUUGGUCCCCUGAACCAUUUAAUAUCCCGCCACAUUCUGGAAAGGGCUGAAAAUUUAGGUGUGGGGCGGGGAACCCUGGUUAUCUCUCGCCAGAGUGGUGGAUGCUCUGGUUAUCUCUCGCUUGGACUACUGCAAUGCGCUCUAUGUGGGGCUCCCUUUGAAGGUGACCCGGAAACUACAACUAAUCCAGAAUGCGGCAGCUAGACUGGUGACUGGGAGUGGCCGCCAAGACCACAUAACACCGGUCUUGAAAGACCUACACUGGCUCCCAGUACAUUUCCAAGCACAAUUCAAAGUGUUGGUGCUGACCUUUAAAGCCCUAAACGGCCUCGGUCCAGUAUACUUGAAGGUCUCCACCUCCAUCGUUCUGCCCGGACACUGAGGUCCAGCGCCGAGGGCCUUAUGGUGGUUCCCUCGCUGCAAGAAGCCAAGUUACAGGAAACCAGUCAGAGGGCCUUCUCGAUAGUGGCACCCGCCCUGUGGAACGCCCUCCCACCAGAUGUCAAAGAGAAAAAUAACUACCAAACUUUUAGAAGACAUCUGAAGGCAGCCCUGUUUAGGGAAGCUUUUAAUGUUUAAUAGGUUAAUGUAUUUUAGUGUUUUUUGGAAGCCGCCCAGAGUGGCUGGGGAAACCCAGCCAGAUGGGCGGGGUAUAAAUAAUAAAUUAUUAUUAUUAUUAUUACACCACAAAUUGCAACAGGUUAGAUGCUCAGGCAGUGCCAUGCUUCAGUGUCCACACCUUUGGAAGAGAGGAGGACUAAAGGAAUCCCAAAACAACUUGGUUCCUUCCAUGCCACCUUAUUGUUCCCAGGUUGCUCCAUCAGGUCCAGGGGCUACCAGCUGCCACUGGGAGAGUGAUUUGUUUGGAGAGGAAAAGAAAUGGAAACCAGUGCCCCAAAGGCAGAUGGUGCUGUGUCCUGCUCCCCCACUGACCCAGACAUACUUGCGGCUGCUAGUUGUAUGAUAAAGUGUGGUCCUGCAGGCCGCCGAAGGAGGGAUAAUCACAGCCCUUUCUCAAAUGAUAGGGACUCUGUUGCAGCCCAAUUCCCUCGGCAAAAAAGUGUUGUUAUUACAGCAAUUGCUGGGAACUGGUUUAUUGCAGGGGACAAAAAAAGAAUAAGAAAGGUGAAGCAGGGAGUCAUAGAGAGAGCGAGAGAGGGGAGGGAAUGGCCCUUUAACGGUUGCACAAAUCUUGCCAGUAGAAAAGCCCAGGCCUCUGAGGAUUCCCUUGGGCUUUUGUUCACUUUCCGUGAUGUGGCAGGCAGAUUGAGGCAAGAUGGAAGCAAGUCUGGCCUAGCAGGACUGGGCAUGAAUUUGGGAGACCUCAAAGGAUUGGUCUUGGUCAGCUGUGUGCGCACCUGAGGUCAGGGAUGGGUGAAUCUAUUCAUUUUUAUUUCCCUCGGCUUCAGUAUCCGGUGAGCUCAUUCUGUUAGCGCAUAAAUGUACACUUUUCCUCCUCUGCUCCCACAUCCCGCAUGUCUCCAGAGGACUGGGGGAAUCCUUAAAACAGAUUUAUGAGGGGAGAAGAGGAGGGAAGAUGCAUUGUGCAAGGGGAAAUCCUUGUGCCAAUGCAACUAGUUUUCUGCUGUGCGACUACCAAACAGCAGCAAAAGCAUCUGUAUAGCACUCUUAACAGUUCAACACACCUCAUAUGCAUUAUUUCCCUGUGACCCUGUACCAAUAGCCCGUCGGUGAGUGUUAAUACCAUAUUUACUCGAAUCGAAUGCUCACCUUUUUGGGCCAAAUCACGUUGCGAAAAUUAAGGUGCGCAUUAGAUUUGAUGGCACAUUUACAUUCACCAGCAAAUACUUUUUUGGUUUCAAGUUUCUGAAAAUUGAGGUGCACAUUAGAUUUGAUGGUGCAUUAGAUUUGAGUAAAUACGGUAUAUUAUCCCCAUAUUACAGAUGGAAAAGCUGAGGCAGAGAAGAAUUCCAGCUAGCCUAAUGUCGUCUGGUGAGUUCACAGCAGAAGGUGAGAUUCAGACUGGGAGACAUCACUCAGUCUCUUAGUCAUGCAGUGAUGUGAGCUCCCUGAAGCUUUCAUGCCAAGAUUGAUUAUCUCCAGGAGAGGAAGUGACUAGUUAUGUUCCUGCCAUGCGAAUCCCCAAGAAGAGGAGGCAGAGUUUCCACCAUGCUGUUGUGUAAAGGGCUUUUUUUAUUCAUGUGGAUGCCAGAUCCAUCACAGGCAGGUGAGCAAAGAGAGUGAGGAAUGAAUGGAUAAAUUUUAUUAUUUAGAUGGAGGGGGGAAGAAAAAGGUGAUCGCAUCCAAACGAGUCCCGUCUGCCAUAGAGAUAGGAGUGCAAUUAUGGGACAAUAAGGUCUACUGAGAUGAGGCUAUUGUAUCCGAACAAAAAAAAGAGAGUCGAGACGAAAUUGGUGUUGAAAAGGAAGCAGAUGGAACUGUAUUAUCUCAGCAGCAAAGACGCCAUAGAAAACCUGCAACAUCAAAGUGGCAACAGAAAGAAUUUAAGCUGCAGCACUUUCAGAUAGGAGAAGGAACAGAAUCAGCGGUGGAACAAAGGACAUGGAGGCCUGGAAUACCGCUCACCUCUUUGCCGAGGCAGAACAAGAGGGGUUGUAAAAGCAAUUAGUGCCAGGAAGGAAGCCAAAUCGCUAAUCACAGAGGCUGCAAGAAAAGUGAGGAUAUCAGAAAAGCCCUGUGGCUGGAUCAGGCCAAAGGCCCAUCUAAUUCAGUCUCCUGUUUCCCACAGGGGCGAACUAGAUGCCUCUGGAAAACACACAAGCAAAACAUGAGUACAACAGCCCACUGUUUGUGUUUACAAGAAGGAAGAAGGUUUUCAAAGCUUGGAGCUGCCUCAGAUAAUCCUGGGAACUGUAGUCUGGUGAAGUGACUAAGGUCACACCCACAGUCAUGGCUUCCCUCAGAGGAUCCUGGUCACUGGAAGCUUUAAUUCCCAGAGUCCCCUGUGAAGGAUUGAUUGUUAAGCCUCUCUGAAAAUUGGAGUUCUGCGAGGGGAAUAGGGGCCUCCUCGCAACUCUCAUCACUCUUUGCAGCUCCCAGAAUUAUCUGGGGGAAGCCAUGACUGCUUAAAGUAGUAUUAGGUAAAGGUAAAGGGGCCCCUGACCAUAAGGUCCAGUCGUGACCGCCUCUGGGGUUGAGGCGCUCAUCUCGCUUUAUUGGCCGAGGGAGCCGGCGUACAGCUUCUGGGUCAUGUGGCCAGCAUGACUAAGCCGCUUCUGGCGAACCAGAGCAGCGCACGGAAAUGCCGUUUACCUUCCCGCCGGAGCGGUACCUAUUUAUCUACUUGCACUGGUGUGCUUUCGAACUGCUAGGUUGGCAGGAAGUAAAGUAGUAUUGUAGUGCCUUAAAGGGAGUGAAUGUGGCCUAAGGUCACAUCCACACCCACCAUUUAAAGCUCUAUCAUUCCGCUUUAACAGCCAGGGAGAAUCCCGAGAACUGAAGUUUGUUAAGAGUUCCCAGCACUCUUAACAAGCUACAAUUUCCAGUGUUCCCUGGAGAGAGGGAAGAGCUGUUCAGUACUUAAGAAGAGACUGGCUGGAUUGGACCAAAGUUCCAUUUAAUACAACAUCCUGUUAUCACAAUGACUCAUGGUGGUGAUAAGGGCGUAGUGCCUCUGAUUCUGUCCUGAAUCUCCCAAUGUUCAGCUUCACUGCAUGGCCCUUUGAAAUAUACUCGGAGUCGAGAGAGGAUUUCAUGCUCUUUAUUCAGCUCAUAGUGGUGAGGAGGAAUGGAAGUUCCCCCAGAAUGUCUGCUUUAUAUACAUUAUUUACACAAUGGGCGCCAUGUGAUUGGCUAAUUCCGGGAUUCUCCUGUAGGCCAAUCAGGUUGUGGAUUCACUUCUACCUGGCGCUUGAUUGGGUGGCUCCUGUGGACCAGUGAGACUGCUGCAUUCUGAAUCCUAUUGUUCUAGGACCUAUCAGACUGCUGCAUUUUGGAUCCUAUUCAACUCAGUACAUAACACCCCUAUUGGGUAGACAUAUUGGGGGGAGGGACUCUAUCCACUUUCUUCACUCCAUGGAUAAUUUUAUACGCCUCUGUUGUGUCCUUUUUUCCCUCUCCUUUUUUUCUAAAUUAAAUUAAAAAAUCCUCCAAAGUUGAAACCUUUCUUCAUGGGGGAGUUGCUCCAGGCUGUUGAUAAUUUAGGCUGCAAGGCCAGACACCUUCAUCUGCCCUAGCUGCAACAAAACAUGGUCUCUCCUAUAUCCGUCUCUACAGCCAACCUUCCAACAGUCUUGACUUCACCCACAAAGGUGGUUCUUCUCCAUUGACUCCCGAGACAGAUGUGAACCAUUUCCAUUUUACUCUCCAUUCACUCAGUUUGAAGAUAUUCUUCCGGAGCACUUUACAACCACUUUUUGUUUAAAGCACCCUGAACAAUUUUGUAUCAACAGCAAACUCGGCUACCUCACUUUUCGUCCCUAACCCUGCACUAUUCAUGAAAAAGCUCAGACCUCCAUUACUGAUCUUUGGGGGACUCCAUUUUCUAUAUCCCUUUCUUUUCAGAACUGUGCAUUCCUUUCUGCUUUCUGUUCCUUAGACAGUUUCCUGAUCCAUAGACCUGCCUCCUUAUCUCAUGAUGGCAAAGCUUGCUGAGGAGUCUUUGGUGAACACUAGAAAUGGGAUACGGUCCUACAAACUGUUUCCCUGUAUGAAAUACAGAGAAUUACCGGCACUUACAAGCCAGAUGAACAUUGCUUUGCACUCCCGAGAGGUUGCUACGUGAUGUUACACAUGACCUAAUGAGGGCUUCUUUUUGGCAUGACCUUAAUAAAUCUGAAUGGCAAAUUACAUACUAAAUCAAAUUAAAGCCAUAAAUUCAUUAAAAAUGAUAAAUGUGUUGAUUAAAUUAAAAUGGUUAAUUAAAAUAAAAAUUAAAGCACAAUUUGUUAAAUUACACACAUUUACAUUUAGCACAUUCAAAGUAAUCUAAUUAGAAUAAAAUUGAAGAAAUUCAAUUUGGGCUAAUUUCAACCGGAAUUAAUCAAUAAAGAAAACACAGUUUCUAAAUUUCUUUGAAACUCAGAUUUUUAAAAGUCUUUGUGACUAAGGACCGUAAUUUAACCGACUAAACACGUUAUUAUUUACUAAUGAAAUACUAUAAGUACCCAUCGUUUGGCCAAAAUAUUCAGCAUGUAUUUGUCAUAUUGAUUUAACCCCAUGUAUAUCAGUCUCAUUUAUCUAAAUUACUAGUUUCCCAAACAUUUUAUCCUUGCAAGCCAUUUGCUUAAAUUUAGCUGUCCUGAAUAAUUGCUUCAGUCCCAGUUAGCAUUCAGAUUCAAUAUCUCUUAAUCUACACCCAGGAUUACAUUUUUCACCAAUACAUUCCUUAAGCAUGAUACAGUUCUGCCCAGGGGAAGCUACCCCCACGUCUACCACCAGGUGGCAGCACUCCAUUGCCUUACUUCCUGGUCGGGAAAUGUUAAUUUACUAGCUUAUUGAUAAAAAAUGGCAGUGUUUUGCAGCAAUGCCUCAGAAUUUUUUUGGGCACUGCAGCAUUCUAGAUUGUUAUUAUAAAACAUGGCACCACAUUUUGAAGUUCCUCUGGAAGGUGAAUUUAUGGAGAGCAUUGCAAAUCUUCUUUUGCGCAGAGUCAACAUGCUGGCAGGGCGCUGUCCUAAUUUAAGAACAAAACAAAUAAGGCAAGCCUUCUGGAUCAGGCCAAUAGCCCAUUUAAUCCAGCAUCCUGGACCUCGGCGCAAGAGCACUCUUGUGAUUUCCAGCAACCAGAAUUAAGAAGCAUUACUACCUCCCACCAUGGAGGCAGAGCAUAGCUGUCCUGGUCGGUAGCCAUUGGUAAAGGUAAAGGGACCCCUGACCAUUAGGUCCAGUCAUGGCCGACUCUGGGGUUGCGGCGCUCAUCUCGCUUUAUUGGCCGAGGGAGCUGGCGUACAGCUUCCGGGCCAUGUGACCAGCAUAACUAAGCCACUUCUGGCGAACGGGAGCAGCGCACGGAAACGCCAUUUACCUUCCCGCUGGAACGAUACCUUUUUAUCUACUUGCACUUUGACGUGCUUUUAAACUGCUAGGUGGGCAGGAGCAGGGACCGAGCAACGGGAGCUCACCCCGUCGCGGGGAUUCGAACUGCCGACCUUCUGAUUGGCAAGUCCUAGGCUCUGUGGUUUAACCCACAGCGCCACCCGCAUCCCAUUGGUAGCAGUCUCCAAUUGGUAGCAGUCUCCAGUUGCCGUGAAAAUGCUGUGACUGCGUCAGGGACUGGCUGGAUGAGGAAGAUUGGUGGGAGCUGCCCACCCAAGAGCUCCCCAGGGAGGGCACAGAAGACGAUGUGUUUAGAUCUCAGAUCCUGGUGGUGGGACCCUGAAGAGCAGCCUGCAGAAGGGAUGAACUGGGAGGUGCUAGAAGCAGGUGGUUUGAGCGAUCAGGAGAACGAAGGUCUUCCAGGACAGGGUUAGAAGCUGACAGUCACAGUGCGAGCACAGACUCAGAGAGGAGUCAGAGGUUGGCUCUGCUACUGUCCAGUGUCAGAGGAUCCAAACCCCCGCGGUAGGUUGCCGGGAAGGGAUAAGACGAGAAAAGUUCUUACCAGUGCUUUUUAUUCAAUAUUCACAGAGAAGGGCUAGAAAUGCAGCCUCUUGGAGUAACGGAGUUGCUCAGAGUGAAUCUCCACCCCCUCCGUCUCUCCCACUUCCUCAUGCAUCAUCGCUAUGGGUGCUGGAAAGGGCUUUUUGCCUUUGAGCUCUCUGCUCUCCUACUUUCAAUGCCUGCCAGGUUCUGGGAGAAGAGAGGUCUGGAAUGCUUUCUAAAGACACUGAGUCUGUCAGCUGUCUCUCCCCUGGUGCGUCUUCUUCUUCCCCCCUCCCCCAUUAUUUCCCAGCUUUGCCCCUCAUCUGCCUCUGAGCUGUGACCUCCCUCAAACCCUCUUGUAAUUCUGAACUGUCUCCUUCUUCUCUGGAAGGGUCAGCCUAGGGAGGCGGUCUCCACCAUUCCUCCUCUGCCCAGUCCCCGACAGCUACACAGCAGUUCCUGUCUGAUACCCUGAUCGAGGAGAGUCCUGCACAAUGCUGAACCAUGGGCCAGCCCAGCUCAGAGGUGGAGCUCGCCCCCUCGAUGCAGCCUUCACCUGCUUGGGAAGGAUCCAGAGUGAAAGUCUAGUGGGGUGGAGCUACUGGCCAGUUUCAGCAACAUCUUAGCUGGAUUAUCUUAGCAGAGGACUCUGCUGUUUUGUAGUUUUCUGCUAAUGAGGAACUAAUUGUAUUCCAUGCCUGCAGUGUGUGUACCUGCCCUGUGGUUGACCUGGCUCCUUGACAGCUCCUUGACAGACCAUCACUAAAACUCUGAAGACGUCACAGCUUCUCACUAUGUCAUUAAGAGUCCUGAAUUCUGCAAGUGGGGAUAGGGGGCAAGAAAGGGUGAGGGGAGGAGGAGGAGGCAGCCUAGCUUCUCACAGUGGUGCAGCAGGACUUGUGGGGAGGAGAGGGGCACUAGCUGCUGCAGCUGCUCUCCUCAAGCUCUGCCAGCCGGUACCACUCAAUGCAUCUAACUACAGUGAUGCUGGUGGCAGGAGGAGCUUAAGGCAGGCUUCCUCAGCCUCGGGCCUCCAGAUGUUUUUGGCCUACAAUUUCCAUGACUCCUAGCUAGCAGUACCAGUGGUCAGGGAUGAUGGGAAUUGUAGUCUCAAAACAUCUUGGAGGGCCAAGGUUGAGGAAGCCUGGCUUAAGGGGUCGUGGCCCUUCAGUAGUCAUAGCUGCCAACCAUAGAGACUACAUUGCUGGAGUGGAAGUGCAGCCUUGUAAACAUCUGGUGUGGUUGCCUCCUCUGAUGUCCAAGGUGGGUUGAUGGAAGCUUCACAGUUUUACCACAUAUCUUCUAAGGCUCCUGCAUAUAAUAGUAUUGUUAUAUAUUUCUCUUGGUAACAACCAUUGCGUAUGUAACCCGAGGUACCACUGUAUUUAUAUUGUUGGUUGCAUUGAAUUUGGUGUUUUAAUGACAUCUAACUCAAGGGGGGAAGACUAGAAAUCUAAACAGAUAAAUGCAAACAACCUCCCACUGCAAUGAUUUAGGGACUAAUUUGUUUAUGCCCAUCAAUCUGCAGCUGGAAUACAGAGAGUCUUUUGCUGGGCCAUGUCCAGCCAUGAUGUCAUUUUAUUAGUGUUUAUGAUUCAAUCUCCUGCCAUUAUUCAGCUGAAAUUACAGGCUCUCAUUUUCAUUUUUCCCUCAGUUUUACCCUCCCCCAGUUCAUGUAUUUGUUAAAGGCCAUUUGCCAAGCAUUUCCCAGAGGUUGUGGAUUCACCGGUACCCAGAAGAGCAGACAGCCCUGUGUCCCCACCUAAUUGAAGGCGCACGUGACUCCCAUUUUCUUGUUUUGCUUUCUCAAGAACCAAAUUACAGGCCAGACCGGAGGAGAACAUUGAUUACAAGCAAAGUGUCACAAGAACCAAUUAAAAGGCUGUUGAGAUUAUUUUUAUUACAAGUGAAAUGUCCCUGAAAUCCUCCUGCGUGCAAGGAAACAUCCACUUGAGGAAGAAAACUACUGAAGACAAGGCUCUUCAGUGUCGCUGGAACAAGCAUCUAUUGAUUGAGUCCGGGGGCUUCUGAGACUUGGCUGUAGGGAGCCAAAGUCAGCUCAAGGAAACAGUGUUUGAUUCUCUUCUCUUCACCCCCCCACCCUCAAUAUCUGUGCAAUCUAUAACCCAUUACUUUCUCCAGGCUCGUUCACACAUUACAACGAACACAGAUGCCAGCUGUCUCUACACAUGUACAGGUAUUUGUGCAAAAGAUCGAUUUGUACAGCUCAGCUAUUGCAUUCUUUCACACACCCCAGUCUGUGAGCUGUGAGAGGCUCCUGUGCUUAGUUUCUUUUGAAUGAAGACCAAUGGCUACUGUGGUGUCUUUAGGAUAUAUGGUUUAUUUACACCUGUAUACAAUCUGUAUACAACCACAGAGCCUAGGACUUGCCGAUCAGAAGGUUGGCAAUUCGAAUCCCCAUAACAGGGUGAACUCCUGUUGCUCGGUCCCUGCUCCUGCCAACCUAGCAGUUCGAAAGCAUGUCAAAGUGCAAGUAGAUAAAUAGGUACCACUCCGGUGGGAAGGUAAACGGUGUUUCCACAUGCUGCUCUGGUUCGCCAGAAGCGGCUUAGUCAUGCUGGCCACAUGACCCGGAAGCUGUACGCCGGCUCCCUCGGCCAAUAAAGCGAGAUGAGUGCCGCAACCCCAGAGUCGGCCACGACUGGACCUAAUGGUCAGGGAUCCCUUCACCCUUUUUACCUUUAUAACCUGAGCAUAGGAUGGAAGGGCUCACAGCACUAACAGCCCCCAACAUAUCUUGUCUGCCCAUUAGGUUCCCAGGGAGAUCCUCAAGCCACAGUUCUGAGUCCAGCACAGAGCAAGACAAGCCUCUCUUUCUCUCCAUCCUGGAAUGACAUGGUGGGAAAAGGCCCACCCAUUUGUCCCCAGAGCAACAGAGCAACCUCUUUGGACAUGCAAAUGGCUGUAGUUAACUGGCCAGCCAGGGCGAUUGCCUUAAGAAAGGAACUGUUUUGGCUGGUUUAGCAAGUUUCCUCUUAAACAUUUUACUUUUACAGCUAUAGGAUCACAGGUUUGGAAGGGGCCUGCAGUCGUCAUCAUCCAAACUGACUCCCCAAAUCUCUAACACUGUAAACAGUACACAGACCGUACACUCAGUGAACAUCACAUGUGUACAAGCGCACAGCUCAGCUUGUUUGUGUACACAGAUUGUAUACUCAUUAAAUGUAACAUGUGGAC